UUAAGAUUGCAGUUUAUUUUACUCUUUAACUUAUAUUUUUGUCAUUCCACAUCCUUGUCUCUCUUUGUUCUAAAAGGCUCUGGUCUGCACACUUUCGUCUUGUACUUGGGCCCUCAUAUUGCUCUAUUCACAAUAAAAUCUGUGAGCUGCGGAAGGGUUGACAUAAAAAGUGCUCCAUAUGAUACAAUUCAAUUAAGAAGUGGUCCUUCAUGGCUAGAUAAGGACUGUUCUGAAUUUGGUCCACCAUUAUUUUCUCUACCCAGUGCACGGGUACCAUUGACCAGCAUACUGAACCAGGUUCAGUUGGAGGCUAUAUUGUGGGGUAUUGGAACAGCUCUUGGAGAACUUCCUCCUUAUUUCAUCUCUAGAGCUGCUCGUAUAUCUGGUAGUGAAGGUGAACUUAUGGAAGAUUUGGAUUCUGCUUCAAAAGUAGACACUGGAAUUAUCAGCAACCACUUAAAACGGAUAAAACAGUGGCUUCUUUCUAACAGACAGUAUUUGAAUUUCUUCACAAUUCUGGUUCUUGCUUCGGUGCCAAAUCCUCUGUUUGACCUUGCUGGUAUCAUGUGUGGGCAAUUUGGUAUUCCAUUCUGGAAAUUCUUUACAGCAACCCUCAUCGGGAAAGCAAUUAUUAAGACUCACAUACAGACAGCAUUUAUCAUUUCAGUUUGCAACAAUCAACUGUUGGACUUGAUAGAAAAUCAAUUAUUUUGGGUGCUUGGUCUCAUCCCUGGAGUUGCUACGUUCCUGCCAAACAUCAUUUCCAAACUACAUGUCGCUAGAGAGAAGUACAUGGCAGCGUCCCCUCCGGUGUCUAGUGUUAAGGCAAAAAAGUGGGAUCUUUCGCUUGGUUCAGUGUGGAACACUGUUGUAUGGCUCAUGCUCUUGAACUUCUCAGCCAAGAUUGUAAAUACAACUGCCAAGGGCUAUCUCAGAGAGCAGCAUGAAAAGGAGCUGGCCGCACUUGAAAAUAAUCAUUCUAGGGAAUAACAGAUUCAUAGUAGUUCAGUAUAUGCAAGGGUCCAAUUUAGUUGCUGGUAGUUGAUUAAAAAAAAAUGAUCUUUUCAGCUGCUGGUCAUAGAUUGUGGUGUACGUUUUUGAAGUGCCACAAUCUGAUUUUGUAUUGGAAGUUCAGCACAUAUAAGAGGGAGAGGCUUCUUUUUAUGUCCUGAGCCCCUAUUUCCUGUAUACACCAAAAAUAACCACCAUGUACUUGAACCAUAAUUCAAUGACGAAAAAAAUCGGUUCAGCAGGAUCAUCA